AUGGCAGUAAAUAUGGGCUUGAAAAUGAAACUAAUGGAUGUUGUCACCGCUUACCUGUAUGGUAACUUGGAUUCGAACAUAUACAUGAAGGUUCCAGAAGGUAUCCCUGUUCCGAAUCAUGAUAGAGCAAACAGGGGUCUAUACAGUGUUCAACUUCAAAAGGCACUGUACGGACUUAGACAGUCUGGUAGAAUGUGGUACAAUCGCUUAAGCGAUUUCCUUCAUGAGAAGGGCUAUACGAGCAAUAAAGAUUGCCCAUGUGUUUUUAUACGGCGAUCCCAAGAUGGAUUCUGUAUAAUCUCGGUGUACGUGGACGAUUUAAACAUAAUCGGUACACCUGAGGAUAUUGAGGAAGCGAGUUCCUACCUGAUGUCGGAAUUCGAGAUGAAGGAUUUGGUUAAAACCAAGUUCUGUCUAGGUCUACAACUUGAACAUUCCCCUGAUGGGAUUCUAGUGCACCAGUCGGCCUACACCCAGAAGGUGUUGGAAAGAUUUGGAUUUGAUAAGGCAUAUCCUUCUAAGAUCCCGAUGGUCGGGAGGUCUAUACAACCAGACAAGGACCCGUUCAGGCCAAAGGAAGAGGGGGAGGAAACUCUGGGACCAGAAUUUCCUUACCUGAGUGCAGUUGGAGAACUCAUGUAUCUCGCAAACUGUACACAGCCAGACAUAGCGUUCGCCGUCAGUUUGCUUGCGAGACUUCAAUCCACUUCAUCCCCAAAUCGAUCCAGACCACAUCCGCCGCCAACCCUAGCCACACCCCCACCGCCGCCGACCGCGCCCUCCACCACACCACCGCCGCCACCGCCGCCCCUGUCGGCCCCAACCACUGCCCGCUGCUGCUGCAGACUCCACCCUCCACACCCCACCGCUGCAGACUGCCGCCGCCGCCGACCCCACAUCACAGCGCCGCCGAGGACACGGACGACGCCACCAGCGCCGGCCAGCCACGUCGCGGAACCACUCCACCGGCGACCACCCUCCUCCACCGCGAGCUUGGUCCACACCGAGCAAGCCUUCUCCCCAGUAUCGAGCGGGGCAGCUUCCUCUACGUCGUCCCCCCCAGCAGCGGGGCGUCCUCCCUCCAGCGAGCGGCUCUGUCUCCUCAGCAUCCUUUCCCUAGGCAGCUGCGUCCUAUACUUCCUUUCACCAGAGUCCUCUAAUCCUCUUCAUAGCAUGCCUCCUAUUCGUCCUCUGCACCAAGCAGCGCUGUGUAGACUACGUCUGGAUAGCACCUCAUCUCCAUCCCCGCCCCCAAGCAGUGUCGCCUCACCUCUACUUCCCCGCCUGAGCAAUGACACCUACGGUCUCGGCUUCACCGCCUCCUGUACUUCUCAACCAACGUCUGAUUUACUCAGCAAGGAAGGGAUGUGCUACUGUAUAAUGUUUAUCGGGAGCAUGGUAGCCCAGUGGCAAAAGCUUCUGUGUAUGCAGUUGGAAGCAGGUUUCCCAAGGGUACACAAGUUGAUGGAGUUCUGGAAGAUCUGCAAGCUGCUGGAGGUUUGGAAGACCUACAGUUAAUUUGGUCAAGUGAUAUAUCCCUCGGUUGCUGAACCCAGAGACAUUGGCAAGUUUUACUAUGCUUAUUUGGUGGUUGUUUUGGUACAUAAGCCAUUUUAUUUUCAUUUUGGUUGUGUGACACAUCUAAAAACAUAUGUACAGAACCUUUUGUGGCACAACCUCCUUGUAUAUGGUCGUUUCAUACAUGUAUCUAGAAACAUAUGUAUUUGGUCUGGCAUGUGUUAUUGAAUGAAGUUUAAGGUUGGUUGAAGUGUA